AUGUUGAAUGCCAUAAAAGCUAAAUUAAAUGAACUUGGAGCUUAUGUUGAUGAUGAAUUACCUGAUUACAUUAUGGUUAUGGUUGCAAAUAAGAAAACCAAGGCUCAGAUGAUUGAAGAUUUAAGCUUAUUUCUUGGAAAUAGUACAGAAAUAUUUACAACAUGGUUACAUAAUGUUCUCAAUCGUUUGCAGUUCAUAACAGUUGUUAAACCACAGACAAGUGAUAUAUCAGAUGAACCUGCAAAAAAUGUUAUAACCAGCAGCACACAAAAUAUGACAGGUGAAACAAUUAAGGAAAUAAAUCCCAUUAUAAAUCCUAUUGUUAAUCCUGUUGUAAAUCCCAUCAUUAGUGCUACUGUAAGUACUCAAGAAGUACCAAUUCAAAAAACUUCCAAGUCAGAAAAAUUAGCAAGAAAAGAAAAAAAAAUGAAACUGACUGAAUUAGAAGAAAGUGAAGACUUCUUAGCUCUAAAAGAUGAACCAGAUACAGAUGAUCCUCUUGUUGAAGAAUUAAAAGAAGAUAGUACGUUAACAAAAGUUACCAAAGGUGUUACAAAUAUUUCAAGUGCAAAACCUGUUUUGAAACGUCAAAAUAUAGUAACUCCAAUUCAAAAAUCUUCUUUAUCUGACAAAGAUGGAAUUAAAGAAGCUCAGAAAGCAGUUGGGAUAAAGAAACGAUUAGAUUUAACAAGUAUUAAACCAAAGAUUCAAAGACCUUUUUCUGCUGUUGGUGCUAUUGUGAAAAGGGAAGAAAGAUUUAUAGAAGAAGAAGAAUAUGAUCCACAUAAUCCUUCUGUUGCUAGUGUUGUUUGCAUUUCUGAAAGGAGACCUAGUGUCCCACCAGCCCUUCAAGCAAAUAAAUUGCUUUUAUUAAAAGCAGUAGAAGAUGCACACAAAUCAGUAAUUAGUAGAGAGAAGAAAACAAAUGCUAGAGUUGAACCUUAUAAACCAACUCCAAUACGUCAGUUGUUUGCAAGAAAUCAUAAACAACUUGUGCCAAUAUCUCUGACUAAUGUAGAACAAUUAGCAGAAGAAGAGAAUUUAUCAGAUUUUGAUUUAGAUGCUAAUGAUCCACAAGACCAAGACACACGUACUGUAGUAUCCUGUACAGAUAAACAUCAGCUUAAAAAUCAGAAAUUAGAAAAUGACGACGAUGACGAGGAUGAUGAUGUAGAUAUAGAAAAAGAAAAUGAAUCGGAGCUGUUUACGAAAAAAACUAAAAUUGCAUCAGUUGAUGUAAAAUCAAAAGCAAGAAGUGACAGGAAAAGAAAACUAGAAGACAUUGAAAUACUUGAAAAUACUGAAAAUGCUCCACAUUUUGUUGUCACGCUGGAUGGCGUAGAUCCAAGCAAAUUUCUAAGGAAAAAACAAAGACGGAAUGUUGUAACAAAUAAGGUGCCUUUGUCACCUGAUGUUAGUAAAUUUGAAUUAGAUGAAUUAGAAGAACUAAGUACAAAAGAGAUCUGUCAAACAGAUGAAGCAGAAGAAAUUAUUGAAGAAGAGAUGAUGGAUGAAAGCAUGGAUGAGAAAAUUCAGGAAAGAUGUCGUUACUGGCCUGCAUGUAAACGAGGAGAUAAUUGUGAAUAUCAUCAUCCUACAAUACCAUGCAAUAUAGUAUCAGAUUUUGAUUUAGAUGCUAAUGAUCCACAAGACCAAGACACACGUACUGUAGUAUCCUGUACAGAUAAACAUCAGCUUAAAAAUCAGAAAUUAGAAAAUGACGACGAUGACGAGGAUGAUGAUGUAGAUAUAGAAAAAGAAAAUGAAUCGGAGCUGUUUACGAAAAAAACUAAAAUUGCAUCAGUUGAUGUAAAAUCAAAAGCAAGAAGUGACAGGAAAAGAAAACUAGAAGACAUUGAAAUACUUGAAAAUACUGAAAAUGCUCCACAUUUUGUUGUCACGCUGGAUGGCGUAGAUCCAAGCAAAUUUCUAAGGAAAAAACAAAGACGGAAUGUUGUAACAAAUAAGGUGCCUUUGUCACCUGAUGUUAGUAAAUUUGAAUUAGAUGAAUUAGAAGAACUAAGUACAAAAGAGAUCUGUCAAACAGAUGAAGCAGAAGAAAUUAUUGAAGAAGAGAUGAUGGAUGAAAGCAUGGAUGAGAAAAUUCAGGAAAGAUGUCGUUACUGGCCUGCAUGUAAACGAGGAGAUAAUUGUGAAUAUCAUCAUCCUACAAUACCAUGCAAAACUUUUCCAAACUGCAAAUUUGCUGACAAAUGUCUUUAUAUUCAUCCCAAUUGUAAAUUUGAUGCUUUAUGUACCAGAAGAGAUUGCCCUUUCACACACGCAAGUAAACGUGCUUUUUCGGCCUCGACCAUACCUCCUUAUUAUGUCGUCAUUAAGAAUAAAGUUCCAACAGCAAAAAAGACCUGCAAAUUUUUCCCUAACUGUUGUAAUUCUAAAUGUCCUUACAUACAUCCAAAGCCUUGUCGUUACGGAACAAAUUGCCAAACUCCCAACUGCACUUUUAAUCAUUCCAUCAUUCCUUCUCCAUCACAAUUGAAGUGGACUGCACCAAAAACUAUUCAAUCAUCAAAUUCUCAUUGAAAAAGAAAAAAAAAUUUGUACAGAAUAUCUAAAAUAUUUUCGUGUAAGAAUUAGUUUUAAUACCAAUAAAUUUUAAAUUGGUAGAAUGUAUAUAGAAAAAUCUUUGUAAUAAAAUAUCUGACAAAUUGCUAUAUGUUUUAUUAGUGGACAGAAAUUGUGUUUUGAGUAUUAAUUACAAAAACAAUUGCAAUCAUCAUUUUUGUAAAA